UGCAGUUUCGCGACUGUUCUGUAAUCUCCGGUACUUUACCUUCGUUAGAAUCAACGUUAUCUUAACUGGUAAAUUACUAUUUUAGCAACGUUGUGUAAACGUUUAAAUUAGAGAAAGUUUAAAAGUUUCAGCGAAUGGCAAAGAAGAUUGGAAGUAAGGAGGGUGUUACUAGAGAUUCUUCUAUAAGUUUGCCUUCAGAACAAAAAAUGGCUAGUGAGUCUAAUAAGCAAAAGAUUACUAAAAUUCAUGACAUGUUUCCGAAUGCUACAAAAGACCACAUAGCAAAAAUUUUACAAUAUUAUGAUGAUGAUGAAAGCAAAGCAAUUGAUGCCAUUACCAGAGAUGGGGGAAAAGAAGCACUGAGUAAUUCGUUAGCUGAUUCUGGAAGCUUAAAAAGCAAGAAUAACAAGAAUAAGAAGAAAAAGAAAAAGGGCAAGAAAGAAAUGGGUAUCCCCGCAACAGCAUCAUUUGAUGCAGAUGAUAGUUCUAGUCUGCACAGCAGUAGUAAUGUUGAUGCUGAUAUUGAGAAAGAAUCUCAAAGAACAGAAAAUGGCAACAUAGGAAUAACAGAUGACAGAAGUUUAUCUUCUCCAUUAAGCAGUGAAAGGUUAAGUAGCAUUGAAGUAGAUGCCUUAAAUAAUAGUCAGAUCAAAGGAUUUGUAACAAAUAAACAAGAUGUAAAAUUUACUGAUGUAGCUUAUGAAGCAACUGCAUCUGAAAUGUCUUGUUCAACCAAUGAAAUAGUCAGUAAGUGCCCUAAAAGUGCAGAAAAUGUUUGUGAGUCUCCUGUAUCGGAUUGUUCUGAGAAACAAGAAGAGGUAGGAAUUAAAAAAGAGAAGCAUAGGACAAAUAGUGAAAGCCAUAUUAAACACAUACCAAGGCAGAGAACUGGGAGUUUUCGUCGAACUAAAACAUCUUCAACGUCUGAAGAUGCAUCUAGUCAACAUAAUCCACUUGCAGCUGCUGCACCAACAAAACGAGGUUAUGAAAAGUGUAAGAAAGAUCUAAAUAGGCAAACCAUUUCACUUCAGAGAAUACAUGCACAAUUGGACAAAGGCUUGGAAGAAUCUGAAAAGAAGCUAAAGAAUGCUUUUAAUGACAUUAAAAAACUGUUAGAUAAAAGGCAAGAAUUAGUAGAACUUGAAUUAGAGAAAACUAAAGAAGAAGCUCUAAAUCUUAUAAAAAGCAGACAAGAACUUGCUCUUGAUUUGAAAAGAAGAGUUGACCGCACACCAUCUCUAACUGAGGCUCAGUGGGCAGAAUUAAGAUCUGAUAUCAAACAAUUUGUGACUGAAAGGAAAUAUGAUGAAGAGUUGGGAAAAACAAUAUGGUUCCAGUGGUGUUUAGAUAACAUUACAGAGAGUAUAGAAAACUUUGGUGAAGUUCAUCCUGUAAAGAAUGUCUAUAGUCAGCGUUCGCAUUCUGCUCUUGGCAAUAGUGAUGCAUCUCACAAUAAUCCUGAACCUAGUCCUUCUUCGUCUAUUGUAAAUGAAGAAAUCAGUUCACUAGUUGACAAAAAUGAUGUUGCCAAUAUAUCUGACACUGUUGAAGAUGAAACUCCCACAGCAGAAAAAAGCACUGUACCUCAAUUCAGGAAUCAGCCUAGUGAGAAUCGAACCCGUGUCUAUUCCAACACACGUUACGCCUACGCAAGGCAUCCUAGUAAUCGAGGCCAAGGCUUUUUCCGGGGCAACAGAGGAGGAGGUUAUCAACAACGACCCUAUAAUAGGAAUUUCACGUACAAUAGGAACAACUCGUACAAUAAUUAUGAUAUGUCAGGAGAUUAUCGUAAUCAUCCUCAUCAAGAACGAGAUGGUCCUUCAUACCCUAAUGAUAGAAACUUCAAUAAUAAUUCUAGAGAUAACAGAAAUGAUCGAAGCAAAGGGCGAGGACAGCGUAGACCUGGAAAUGGUGGACGUUAUCGUGGAAAUAUGGCCCAGAGACAGAAUAUGGACAACGUACCUAAAACUGAACCUUCCUCAACUGAUGCUAAUGCCCCAGUGGACAUUGAUAAAUCUAAAAUUGUGAAUGGUUGGGAAAAUUAAUCUGUAUUUAAAUUUAUAGGUAUUUGUUAUUUACUAACGUCUGCCAUCAGUCAUAAUUUUUUUUAAAGUAUGGUUAUGGUUUCACACACCCAAGUUGGUAAUACUAUGCAUGGAUUCUAAUUUCAUUCGGAAAAUCUUAGUUCCAACACUUGUUCAAAAUUUUUUGUAUGUGUUAAAGUAAUUUUUUUUUUAAUAAUAGCAGUUCACAAUUUAAGUAGUAAAACUUUUUUUUAUUCAUUGUUAUCGUGAAAAAAUGCUGUAUUUGCAUUAAUUUAAAAUUAGUUUUCCAUGAAUUCCGAUGAGAUAGGUUUAAAACAUUCAUUGCAAAUUCUUUCUUUAAAAAAAUUAAGUGUUUGAAUUUUUAAUAAAUUAGUUUGCAUUAAAUCAUUGAAUCGAACGUUGCUAAUGUUUUGUUUAUAUAUCUGUAUCUGUGUUUUACAUGUAGAUAGAUUUUUAUUUUUUAGAGAUAAAGCAAUUUUUUAUGUCUUUUUUGAGAUGAAUAUGUAAAAAUGAAGACAUAAUGUUGUAUCAUGUCUAUAUUUUUCAUUUUUGGUAGCUCUUUAAAUGAGAAAAGCUUUCUCAAAAUGAAAAAGGCACAAAUUUUAAAUGUAGAAGGAACUAUUGAUUUCUUCAUUUAAAGAAAAUUCAAAUUUAAUAAUAUUAAUUUUGAGCAGUGUGACUGGAAUUUAGAUGUUCCUUCAAUUCAAAGUGCCAAAGGCCAAAGUGGCUUUUAUUUGGAACUUGUGUAAUAAAAGUUUCAAUGUGUGCCUUAUUAUAUAUGCAUUGUUCUUCACGGAUGCACAAUUUUGAAAGUUAUGUUCCUGUCUUAUCCUUUGAACUUUACAACUCUCUUUAAAUCUUCUUGGAACCCUGAGCUGAAAAGUAUUUGAAUGAAGAUUCAUCUGAGUGUGUUAUUUUAAGUCUUCAGAUUUCAAAGCAAUACUUUCUUUGAUGUUAAUAUAUCAGACUAUUAGAUAAAAUUACUCAGAACCACAACUGAGCUUUUCAGAGCCAGUGUUUCUGAAACAUAUAUUCUUCAAAUGAGAUUCUGCAGCUGCUUUCCUCUCCUCUUGGUUUUCUCAUUUCCUUUUUCCUCCUUCCAAAUGGUCUUUUGAUAAUUAUCCACUUCCAUUUUUCUUUGAUUCUGUUUUUUUAUUGUUUCAGUAAAUAUAUUAUAUAUAAUAUAUAUAUCAAGUGGGCAGGUCCCCUCUUAUUGUAUUUAGUGUAUAUUGUGCCUUCGAAUCAAAGAGCUCUCCAAUGUGUUGCUAAGUCACUCUGAGGCAAUAUUAAAAGUGAACUUUGCAAUGUUACGUGUAGUUGCCCAAUUGAAUCUGGAAUUAAAAAGAUGCAGCUCUUCACAUUUGAUUGUUAAACCUUUGUUGAUUAUGUAUCCUUAUAUAUGAUUUGUUGUUUAUUAUCAAAAUGUAUAUAUUUUACUUUUUAGCUGUGCAAUAUAGGCCAGUUGUGUGCUUAGUAUUUGCAGCCUUUAAGUAUGGGACCAUUAUUUUUACACCCUUGGCAUGUUUCUUCUCCUUGUAAUCGCAUCUAGUAGCAUAAUAAAAAUUGCUUUUUCGGCUAGCUUGCGUAGAGGUUUCUUGCCUUUCCCAAAUUUCAUUGCUUGUGUGUGACUUCUGUACCAUACAUUUAGUAUUUGUGUAUAUAUGACUGUACAUAUAUAGAGAGUACUUGUGCUUGUUAAUAAAACAUUUUGCAUACCUUGACAA